AUUAUUCCCUUUAGAUUUGAUCUAAAUUGUAAGUGAAUAAAAUUUGGUCCGCAGUUUACCUAUAGAGAUAAAAUCAUGGCUCGUCGUAAAAACAAAAAACAAAUGCUGAUAGAAAUGUUGACGCGACCCCAAAAAGUGCAUCCUUGCCAGUUGCUGGAAAAUCGAAAAAAGCUGAACUUAAAGCAAAAAACGAUGAUUGCGGCUGCCGCGGCCAAAAGAUCCAGCCUUCCUCGACCCUUGAAGAAGAAUGUUAUCCGCAAGAUUUGCAGAUUGCCACCGGAAACGUGCAAUGAGAAGACAAAAGCGCAGGUGAUGUACUAUAAUUCAAACUACGGAAGGACUCAGAAAGCCAAUCUCAGCCGAAUCGAUUGUCACGAGCCUACUUGUCCCAAAACUCGCAGAUCGACAAAAGCCAAAGAAAUCCAGAAAUUUAGUCCUGCAUUAAGGCAGAGGACGCAAAAGAAAAGAAAAAAAUAAUUUUGAGUCUUCGAAUCCGUUUGAAUAUUCUAUAUAUUUUAUUCCGAAUUGAAUGGACUUGGAUUGCAUGAUUAUGUGUUCCAGGUCUAAGUGCUCAUCAAGUCCUGCGAAUUUGUAUACAUUUUUCAUGUACAUAACGCCUUGUGAAAAUACUGUUUAAUACACGCAUUUUUUAAAUC